CUCGCGUCUUUGCGCGUUCACCACCCUACAAAAGUACCCGGUGUACCCCCAGGGUAUCAGAGAAAAACAACACCACCCUCUCAGCACUCGUCGCACCACCACACUCGUUACGAUGCGACGAUGUCGUCCUCCUCCCAAAUCAAACGUAUCGAGCGAAUCGAACAAGGCAUACAAGGUCUCGUCAAGAAAUUAUUCGUCAAGGAUCCCAGCGAGUCAGAGGAGGAUGAGGACGACAGAAAGAGCAAUGCGGUGGAUUUUGUAAAGCAGAUUUUGGAGAGGUAGAUGGCCAUGGAAUCCACAAAGGUGCAUCUGCUAAUACAGUCAAAGCCGCUCAAGAGGUCCCGCCGUAGUGGCAGAUGCGAAUCAAGCCUCGGAUCUGAUCAAGAAGCGAUUGAUACAGACCAAUUCUAGUCCCGAAAAGGCGUUGCGAUUUACGAACUUGUACAGCCGACUCCUCUCCAUUCCAGCGAUCAAGGAAAAAUGGGCGGUGCUAUACUUUCUGUACCAGAUUGGCGACAAUCAUUCUCAGUCACCGCCGAUCCUAACCAGUCCAUUUAAAAGUCCGGUCAAGGCACAUCGAGAAAGCAAGAGCAUGAGCUAUGUGCCUUCAAAAUCUCCAGAUUAUGCAUCCAAAAGACCGGAGAAACCAUUCAAGGAAGCUUUUGCACCAGAAGGAAUCCAAAAACUCCCCGCGCGUGAAGGAGGACAGCGAGAUAGAAAAGAGGAAGAACAAAUGUUUGCAAAACCACCAGCCGUGCAACGGGAGGAUGUUGCUCUGAAAGCAGCAUUACUAGCUGAAAAUUAUGUCGAAAUCAAUCCAUCAGAGGCUACAUUACUUCGAGAAUUGCCUUUCACACUACAAGGAUUAUCUUCUACCAAUCUAAAGUUUUCUGAUGACGGCAGGACCUUGACAUUGCCGCCGACUUUACCUGUGCCAAUCGUGUCUAUGUUUCACACAUUGGCCGAGCCGGCUUUGUUAUAUAAGGAGCUUUCUUCUUUUGUGCAGACCGCUGAGGGUGGACUUCUGGGGCAGAGUUUACGGGCUGCUAUUUCGAAUGAGCUGCGAUUAUAUCUUGGACUAGUGGCAACGUUGGAAGGACAAAUUCGUCGGGCUCUAGCGUCAUUGAACGAGAAUGAACCCCGAGGGGGCCUUGGAAAGACUGGAGUAACGCUGAGGAGAUGUGUGAUUUGGACUCGGGACUCGACCGCAGGACUUCGUUUGAUGAGUUUGAUUAGCGAGGAAUCAAAGAGUAAAAAAGGUGGACAGUUGAUUUCUCUCAUCCACAGCUUCUCAGUCUGUCAUGGUGAUCCAAUGGUUGGAGCGUUUGCAGAGCGCUUGUUGGCCCAUGUCACGAGACCAUUUUACGACAUGCUACGGCAGUGGAUUUAUGAUGGAGAAUUAUCAGAUCCACAUUUCGAGUUUUUCGUGUCAGAGCAAGACCCAAAUGCGGUGGUCGAAGCACCGGAUGGAAAAUCUCGUGGCGGGGCAAGCAGUGUUUGGGAGGACAAGUACAAGCUGAAUGAAGAUUUGGUACCUAGCAUCAUCACGCAGGAUUUUGCUCAGAAAGUCUUUCUCAUUGGAAAGUCCCUAAACUUCAUUCGACAUGGUUGUGGAGAUUCAGAAUGGGUCGAAGAAUACUCCAAAGACGCAUCAAAAGAGUUGCGAUAUGGAGAUACUGCUACUUUGGAAGAUUGGAUUGAUCAGGCUUACAAAACAACAAUGACCCGUCUGAUACAUCUCAUGUCUGAGAAGUUCCACCUAUUUGAGCACUUGAAAGCUCUGAAAAACUAUAUUUUACUGGGUCAAGGAGACUUUAUUGCUCUCCUUAUGGAAUCACUUGCUUCUAACUUGGACCGUCCUGCUGGAGCACAAUACCGUCAUACAUUGACAGCACAAUUAGAACAUGCAAUCAGACACUCCAAUGCACAGUACGAUUCUCCAGAAGUCUUACGAAGAUUGGAUGCUCGAAUGCUCCAGUUAUCACACGGAGAUAUUGGGUGGGAUUGCUUUACUUUGGAGUACAAAAUUGAUGCUCCAGUGGACGUCGUAGUCACAGAAUGGGGAAACCGACAAUAUCUCAAAGUCUUUAAUUUCCUAUGGCGUAUCAAGCGUGUGGAGUUUGCGCUUGCUACAACAUGGCGAAAGUGUAUGACUGGAGCCCGAGGUAUUCUUACAGGCGGUGACAAGGACGUUGAUCAAGCCUGGAAAUCCACACGGGGUGUUCUAGCCGAGAUGAUUCAUUUUAUCGGUCAACUUCAAUACUAUAUUCUUUUCGAAGUUAUCGAGAGUUCUUGGGAUGAACUAGAAACUGCCGUUCAUAAAGAAGGUUGUACCCUAGAUGAUCUCAUCGGAGCUCACACCAAAUAUCUCAACGCUAUCACUCACAAAGGUCUUUUGGGUGCCAAGAAGAGUCGCAAUAGCGAGAAUAGCGAUAACACCUUCAUGGUCCAGCUAGGCGACAUCCUCAUCCACAUGCUCAAUUACCGCGACGCCGUUGAUGGAUUAUACGGUUGGUCAGUAGCAGAUUUCACCGUCCGGCAAGGUAUGGAUUUUUCCGUACGAGCGGAACGGAGAGAAGAUGAAGAUGGUGUAUUGAUACCUACCCCAAAGACUGCACGAAGAGGACCUGCGAAUCUUGCGGAUUCCACACCAGCUUUGGAUAGUGAAGCCAUUCCAGAUGAAUUCCCUGUACUUCUUGAGAGAUUGCAGCUUCUUGGUGCCAGUUUCAAGAAGAUGGUUUGUGUACUGUUGGGCGACCUGGCAUAUCAGCCGGAUGUGGAUAUGAGAUUCCUGGGGGUGGUUAUGAAUUUCAAUGACGUUUAUCAGCCGACGAGAAGGAAAGUGAGGGUUCCCACUACAGGCAGAGGGGAACAAGGGAGGAGUUCUGCGAAACCGUGAGAAAGACUUUUGCUCUUCGAUGUGAAUCCAUGGAUGAUUUGUGUUGGUCGGAGGCGUCCGUGAAAUAUUGGGGCGUUUUUGGAGGACGGAAAGGUUCCAUUUGUUUAUGUAUAUGGCUAUGCCACAAUGCAGGAAGGCGUCAGUGGGAAGCGUGUAUGUCGAUGAUACCAUUUUGUUGUCAGUAGCAAGGAAAAUUGAUGAUUUGAC